GAUGGGGCUGAGGGAGGCUGCGCUGUUGGGGACCCUCCUCCUCCUGCUGCUGCUGGGACCCGACCGGCUGGAGGGGGCCCGUGGCGGGCCGCUGCAGAGACGGCGGGCGGUGGAGCCGGGCUGCGGGGAGCUGCGCGGGGUCGAGCCCAUCCUGGGCAACAACACCUACCAGUACGUCUUUGAUGACUUCAGCGGCACUGUGUCACUGUCCUGGGUUGGAGACAGCACUGGAGUUAUUCUCGUCCUGACCACAUUCAAGUUACCACUGCUGUUCGUGAGUUUCAAGCAGUCCAAACUCUACAGGAGCGAGGACUAUGGAAAAACUUUCAUAGACAUCACAAAGCUCAUUAACCACACCUUCAUCCGGACGGAGCUUGGGAUGGCCAUCGGCCCAGAGAACUCGGGGAAGGUUAUUCUGACGGGGGACAUGCCUAUGCCUGGAGGGAGCCAUGGAGGAAAGAUCUUCAGAUCGUCUGAUUAUGCUAAGAACUUUGCUCAGACAGAUCUCCCCUUUCAGCCCCAGAAUCAGGUCAUGUACCACCCGCAGAACUCCGACAACCUGCUGGUCCUCAGCACUGAAAACAGCCUCUGGGUGUCCAGGAACUUUGGGGAGAAGUGGGAAGAAAUCCACAAAGCUGUUUGUCUGGCAAAAUGGGGCCCCAACACCACGAUCUUCUUCACCACCUACCUGAAUGACUCCUGCAAAACUGAUCUUGGGUUUUUGGAGCUAAAGAAAACCAGUGACUUUGGCAAAAGCUUCAAGACCAUAGGAAACAAAAUCUACUCGUUUGGCCUAGGAGGUCGCUUCCUGUUUACUUCCGUGAUGUCAGAGAAGGGCAAUACAAGGAGGAUCCAUGUCUCAACUGACCAAGGGGAGACCUGGAAUAUGGCCCAGCUUCCAUCUGUGGGUCAGGAGCAGUUCUUCUCCAUCCUGGCAGCUAACGAGGACAUGGUGUUCAUGCAUGUGGAUGACCCCGGAGAUACUGGGUGUGGCACAAUCUACACCUCAGACGAUCGAGGCCUCAUAUACUCCAAGUCCCUCGAACGGCAUCUCUACACUGGCAUUGGGAGUGAAACUGACUUCACCAAUGUGACCUCACUGCGGGGCGUCUAUAUCGCCAGCGUGCUCUCUGAAGACCGUUCCAUCCAGUCGGUGAUCACGUUCGACCAAGGUGGUGAGUGGCUGCCACUGAGGAUGCCUGUCAACGCUAAGUGUAACUCCACAGCAAAGAACAAGGAGGAGUGUAGUCUUUACAUCUAUGCAUUGUACGGCAUCUCCCUGAAUCACAACGUGCCCAUGCUGCCUCUGUCCGAGCCCAAUGUGGUGGGAAUAGUCAUCGCUCACGGCAGCGUGGGGGAUGCCGGCCCUGUGGUGAGCCCAGACGUUUACAUAUCUGAUGAUGGGGGCUACACUUGGACAUGGGUGCUGGAAGGACCCCAUCACUACGCCAUCCUGGACUCCGGGGGCAUCAUCGUAGCCAUUGAGCACAGCCUCGAGCCGAUCAAUGUGAUUAAGUUCUCGAUGGAUGAAGGUCAGUGCUGGCACAAGUACACUUUCUCCAAGGAGCCCAUUUACUUCACCGGGCUGGCGUCGGAGCCAGGAGCCAGAUCUAUGAACGUCAGCCUCUGGGGCUACAGAGACUCUGUCUUGCCCCGCAAGUGGGUCUCCUACACCAUUGACUUCAGUCAUCUUCUCAGCAGGAACUGUGAGGACGACGACUAUACUAUCUGGCUGGCUCACUCCAGCGAGCCCGGCAGCCGCACUGAUGGCUGCGUUCUGGGCUAUAAGGAGCAGUACCUGCGUCUCCGCAAGUCAUCUGUCUGUCAGAAUGGCCGGGAUUACGUGAUGAUGAAGCAGCCAUCGGUCUGCCCAUGCACACUGGAGGACUACCUCUGUGAUUUUGGCUAUUUCCGCCCUGAAAACCAGUCUGUCUGCGUGGAGCAGCCGGAGCUGAAGGGCCACGACCUGGAGUUCUGUCUCUAUGGCAGGCAGGAGCUACUGACGACUAGUGGGUAUCGUAAGAUCCCGGGAGACAAAUGUAGCGGUGGGAAGAGUCCGAGCCGUGAGGUGAUGGACCUGAAGAGGAAAUGUACAAGCAACUUGUUGACCCCCAGCCAGCCGUCCGCUGCCUCCAGCUCCGCUCCCAUAAUCCUGGCAGUCGCGGGCGUAAUGCUCCUCACCAUCAUAGCUGGAGUCCUGAUCAUUAAGAAAUACGUCUGCGGGGGCAGGUUCCUGGUCCAUCGCUAUUCUGUCCUGCAGCAGCACGCAGAGGCGAAUGGAGUGGAAGGGGCUGAAGCUCUGGAUGCAGCCAGCCCUGCUAAUAAAAGGGGCUACCAUGACGAUUCUGAUGAGGACCUCCUGGAGUAGGGGCACGUUGCUGCUCUCUGGCACUGGACAAGUGGGUUUGGACGCUGCCACGGAUCUGCAGAACAGCAAACACCUCCUCCAGCCCACGCUUUUCCGCAGUGGCUGCCCGUCCCCUUUCCGAGGGACUCCACUUUCCUGUCGCUUCCCUUGAGACUGUCCAGAGCCAGCUGCGCUGCAGACCCAGGGAGGAGACAGGGAGCUGCUGCAGCAACCUGGCGGCCCAGAGGCCAAGGGGGAGGGCAGGGGCAUAAUUUAACUUUAUUUUAAUGAGAUUUCUUUCCAGCUGUUUGUUUUUUAAGGAAGACUAAAUAGGAAGGUGAAACCAGCAUUUCACUAAGCGCUAACCAUGACGAAGGUGCAAUUCAUCCUGCUGCAGAGAGAAUGCUCUUAACUCCAGAGUCACCCCUUGGGGGCUCAUCUCUGCCUCAGCAUGGCCUCAGCUGGGCAAAGCUGCUGGUGGCACUGGCCUAUCCCCACCACUUCACCUAGCAUGGGCAGGCCUUGGGCCCCCUGCCAGGACGGCAUGUCGCUUAGCCAGGACCCUGCAGGGCCACAGGCCAAAAAUGAGAAGUGAUUGGAUGAAAAGCGUGGCACGUCAAGUGGAGUUCAUCUACGUGCCAGGAGUAACUGCUGUGACUGGCCCUUGUGGAAUCAAAGCACUGAACUGGGAAAGCACCAUGUCUGCAAACACUGGCAACAGCAGCAGGGGAGGGAAAGGGGUUAUUUUUAGUUCUAGGAAUAAGUGCAGCAGAAAGCUCGGAGGAAUAAAUCUCCUGGUUGUUGAUGUGUUCUUCAGGGUGGUGGGAAGCAUGUUCCAGGUGGAGCUGUGCCCUGAAAUGCCAGUGCUCUGGCGAAGAGCCUCAUGGCUUCAUUUAAGGGGGCAGAAGCAGGGCCAGCACUUCCAUUUAGGCGACCUAGGUGGUCGCCUAGGGUGCCAGGAUUUGGGA